AUGCUCGUCCUCUCUCAAGCUUCUGAACGGCAUUCAACGGUGCGAACGCGGCUGACGCAAUGGGCUAAGAAGAGCGAAAUGUCAUCGGCCGAUCAAAUGCUCGAGAACAUGGCCGAGAUGGACGGGAUGUCGGCCGCGGAAGCGGCGAGGACUAUCAAUCUCUACGUCGCGCGGAGACCGGAAAUUAUCGAGCCGGGCCCUUAUAUUGUCCAGCAGACGCGCUCACUUUUCACUGCAAAACACUCCGCCGUCACUUCUCUCUGCGUAAAACUCGCCCACUCGGUCACCCCGGAAACGCUGGAAACGGUGAUGCGAUACCUGAGCUCCAGUUACGAUCCAAAGCUGAACGCCGGCUCGGUUUUCGGGCUCUUCUCCUACUGCGCCUGCGAGGGCAAGGUCGCCAUGUUCAAGGAGAUGACCGAUGCACAGUUAAAAGUGCUUGCUCACUACGUCUGCGCUGCUGUCGUCGAGGACCCGAUCCGGGAAGAGGCCGCCGUGCUGAUGAUUGAUGCGCUGGUGACCGCCCUCGGCUUCCCGGUCCUCCGCCCGCUCGUCCAAAGCUUUGUCGACCAGACGAAGGCCGUCAUAUACGAUCGGGCCCGCUUUGAGCAGCUGCAGAGCGUCAAGGCCGACUGGGCCGUCGGCUAUGUCGCCAUCCAGGGCCAGCACUGGCGAAUGAAGGAGGCCGACGUGAUGAUGACGCAGACGUUGAACGUUGUGUUCACGGACGAAGAUCCCGCGAAAAUCGAGCGCGCCCUCGCACAGCUCGAAAGCUGGCUGAAGAGUCAUCCGAAGUCGAUGGAACGGCUUCUGGUCGCGUUCGCGAUACGCGCCAUCUUCGUGCUCGUCCCGAAGGUCGAGGCGAGCAGCCUGGACCACGUGGAGGCGCUGCUCUCCGUCACCUCUGCGAGCGGCGCGCCGGCUCGGCCGAACAACGCGAAGCCGUCGUGCGGGCGUGUCUUCUCUACGGCACGACGCACUAUUCAAGGGCCCGCUCCUUGCUCCAGGAUCACGACGAGCCGAUUCGAAGUGAGAAAUUCAAAAUUCCCCCAAUUCGCUUUCAGAAUCGCCGCCGAUCUGCAAUCCGACCCGACGCUGAAGAGCACGCUGGCCGAUUUGCUUGCCGAAGAG